GAAGUCGAUACGUGGCCGCCGCCUGUCCCCGCCGAGGAGGCGCAGCAGCCGGAGAUGGCGGCGGUGCUGAACGCAGAGCGACUUGAGGUGUCGGUCGACGGCCUCACGCUAAGUCCAGAUCCGGAGGAGCGGCCCACUGCGGAGGGCGCACCGCUGCUGCCGCCGCCGCCACUGCCGCCACCCUCGCCGCCUGGGUCCGGCCGGGGCUCGGGCGCCGCCGGUGAGCAGCCGGAGCCCGGGGAGGCGGCGGCUGGGGGCGCGGCGGAGGAGGCGCGGCGGCUGGAGCAGCGCUGGGGCUUCGGCCUGGAGGAGCUGUAUGGCCUGGCUCUGCGCUUCUUCAGAGAAAAGGAUGGCAAAGCCUUUCAUCCAACUUAUGAAGAAAAACUGAAACUUGUGGCACUGCAUAAGCAGGUCCUUGUGGGCCCAUAUAAUCCAGACACUUGUCCUGAAGUUGGAUUCUUUGAUGUGUUGGGGAAUGACAGGAGGAGAGAAUGGGCGGCCCUGGGAAACAUGUCUAAAGAGGAUGCCAUGGUAGAGUUUGUCAAGCUCUUAAAUAGGUGUUGCCAUCUCUUUUCAACGUAUGUUGCAUCCCACAAAAUAGAGAAGGAAGAGCAAGAAAAAAAAAGGAAGGAGGAAGAGGAGCGAAGGCGACGUGAAGAGGAAGAAAGAGAACGUCUGCAAAAAGAAGAAGAAAAACGUAGGCGAGAAGAAGAGGAAAGGCUUAGACGAGAGGAAGAAGAGAGGAGGCGAAUAGAAGAAGAAAGACUUCGGUUAGAGCAGCAAAAGCAGCAGAUAAUGGCAGCUUUAAACUCCCAGACUGCCGUGCAGUUCCAGCAGUAUGCAGCCCAACAGUAUCCAGGGAACUACGAACAACAGCAAAUUCUCAUCCGCCAGUUGCAGGAGCAGCACUAUCAGCAGUAUAUGCAGCAAUUGUAUCAAGUCCAGCUUGCACAGCAACAGGCAGCAUUACAGAAACAACAGGAAGUAGUGGCUGGGUCUUCUUCACCUACUUCAUCAAAAGUGAAUGCAACUGUCCCAAGUGAUAUGAUGUCAGUUAAUGGACAGGCCAAAACUCACACUGACAACUCUGAAAAAGAACUUGAGACAGAAGCUGCAGAAGAAGCCUUGGAGAAUGGACCAAAAGAAUCUCUUCCAGUAAUAGCAGCUCCAUCCAUGUGGACCCGACCCCAGAUCAAAGACUUUAAAGAGAAGAUUCGGCAGGAUGCGGAUUCUGUGAUUACAGUGGGCCGAGGAGAAGUUGUCACUGUUCGAGUUCCUACCCAUGAAGAAGGAUCAUAUCUCUUUUGGGAAUUUGCUACAGACAAUUAUGACAUUGGGUUUGGGGUGUAUUUUGAAUGGACAGACUCUCCAAACACUGCUGUCAGCGUGCACGUCAGCGAGUCCAGCGAUGAUGAGGAGGAGGAGGAAGAAAACAUCACUUGUGAAGAAAAAGCCAAAAAGAAUGCCAAUAAGCCUCUGCUGGACGAAAUUGUGCCUGUGUACCGGCGGGACUGUCAUGAGGAAGUGUAUGCUGGCAGCCACCAGUAUCCAGGGAGAGGAGUCUAUCUCCUCAAGUUUGAUAACUCCUACUCUUUGUGGAGGUCAAAAUCUGUCUACUACAGAGUCUAUUAUACUAGAUAAAGAUGUUACAGUGUCUGAAGUCUAGGGUUGGCAGAAGAUGGCAUUGAAUUUCUUUUGA